GGUGAACAGUUUGAACCUGCUCCGCGUCGAGGCGGAAAUAUUGAAAAUAAACUGUUCGGUUUCAGAAAGGACGGAGUUAAAUGACAGCAGUGUCCAUCAAAACAAGCAUCAGUGUUAUCGCAAAAGGUCCACAUUGAGGCGUGGGAACGGAAGCUUUUGCUGUUUAACGGACGGUCGGUGUUGUAAAGCCGGCUGUCGCGCUCAGAAUCGCUGCCUCCUGCUGAGCUAACUGCUAACUAGCCGCGGAGCUAACGCUUCGGCUAAGCUCCCACACAAAGAACCGCUCUCCCAGUGUUCGUCGUGUUUACCCGGAAUCACUGCGCUGAAUGAGGCCAGAGCCUGUCGUCCAGGGCGAUCAUGGUGCUGACAGGGAAGCGUUCGGAUAAAGGUCCAGCCUGCUGGAAGAGGAGGGUGAAGUCUGAGUACAUGAGGCUCCGGCAGCAGAAACGCUUCAGACGAGCCGACGAGGUCAAGAGCAUGUUCAACUCCAACCGUCAGAAGAUCGUGGAGCGGACGGACACUCUGAACCAGGAGUGGAAGACGCGGCGGAUCCAGCCGGUCCACAUCAUGACGUCGGUCAGCUCGCUGCGCGCCUCCAGAGAGUGCACCGUGGAGAGCGGCUUCUCCGAGUUCCCGCGGCAGGUCAUCCCCCUGAAGACGCUGAACGCCGUGGCCUCGGUUCCGGUCAUGUACUCCUGGUCGCCGCUGCAGCAGAACUUCAUGGUGGAGGACGAGACGGUGCUGCACAACAUCCCCUACAUGGGAGACGAGAUCCUGGACCAGGACGGCACCUUCAUAGAGGAGCUCAUCAAGAACUACGACGGCAAAGUCCAUGGAGACCGAGAAUGCGGUUUCAUCAACGACGAGAUCUUCGUGGAGUUGGUCAACUCCAUGGUUCAGUACAGCGACAACGAGGAUGACGAGGAGGAGGAAGAGCAGGACUUCAAGGUGGAGAAGAUGGAGACGUGUGACGGCAAGGAUCAGCUGGAGGACGGCAGCAAGGACAGACAUGUCGGCAACGAAAGUCGGAGCAACAGCGACGCCAACAAGAAGUUCCCGUCUGAUAAGAUCUUUGAAGCCAUCUCCUCCAUGUUCCCUGACAAAGGAUCCACCGAGGAGCUGAAGGAGAAGUACAAGGAGCUGACGGAGCAGCAGCUUCCCGGCGCUCUCCCUCCUGAAUGCACGCCGAACAUCGACGGCCCAAACGCUCGCUCCGUCCAGCGGGAGCAGAGCCUGCACUCCUUCCACACGCUGUUCUGCCGCCGCUGCUUCAAAUACGACUGCUUCCUCCACCCUUUCCACGCCACGCCAAACACCUACAAGCGUAAGAACCUGGAGAACCUGGUGAACACGAAGCCGUGCGGCGCCGAAUGCUACAUGUACCUGGUGCAGGACGGGAUGGCGAGGGAGUAUCCGGCCGGCGGCGAGCGCGCCAAGACGCCGUCUAAACGCAGCGUGGGCCGGCGCCGCGGGCGACUGCCCAACAGCAGCAGCCGGCCCGGCACGCCCACCGUUUCCUCGGAAACCAAAGACACGGACAGCGAGCGCGAGGGGAGCAAGGACGACGAGCGAGACAAUGACAAGGACGACGAGGACAAGAAGGACGAGACGACCAGCAGCUCAGAGGGGAACUCUCGCUGCCAGACGCCGGUGAAGAUGAAGCUGACCUGCGACCCGGAAGCUGUUGACUGGACUGGCGCCGAGGCGUCUCUGUUCCGGGUUCUGAUCGGGACGUACUACGACAACUUCUGCGCCAUCGCCCGCCUCAUCGGCACCAAGACCUGCAGACAGGUUUACGAGUUCCGGGUCAAAGAGUCGGCCAUCAUCGCCCGGGCGCCGGCCGAGGACGAGGACACGCCCCCCAGGAAGAAGAAGAGGAAGCACCGGCUGUGGGCCACGCACUGCAGGAAGAUCCAGCUGAAGAAAGACGGGUCGUCCAAUCACGUGUACAACUACCAGCCGUGUGACCAUCCGCGGCAACCCUGCGACUCGUCCUGCCCCUGCGUCACCGCGCAGAACUUCUGCGAGAAGUUCUGCCAGUGCAGCUCCGAGUGUCAGAACCGCUUCCCGGGUUGCCGGUGCAAAGCCCAGUGCAACACCAAGCAGUGCCCCUGUUACCUGGCGGUGCGGGAAUGCGACCCGGACCUGUGCCUGACCUGCGGUGCCGCCGACCACUGGGACAGCAAGAACGUGUCCUGCAAGAACUGCUCCAUCCAGCGCGGCGCCAAGAAGCACCUGCUGCUGGCGCCGUCCGACGUGGCCGGGUGGGGAAUCUUCAUCAAGGAGCCGGUCCAGAAGAACGAGUUCAUCUCCGAGUACUGUGGAGAGAUCAUCUCUCAGGACGAAGCCGACCGCCGAGGGAAGGUUUACGAUAAAUACAUGUGCAGCUUCCUCUUCAACCUCAACAACGACUUCGUUGUCGACGCCACGAGGAAAGGCAACAAGAUCCGCUUCGCCAAUCACUCUGUAAACCCAAACUGCUAUGCAAAAGUGAUGAUGGUCAACGGGGAUCACAGGAUCGGGAUCUUCGCCAAGAGAGCCAUCCAGACCGGAGAGGAGCUGUUCUUCGACUACAGGUACAGCCAGGCCGACGCCCUGAAGUACGUCGGCAUCGAGCGCGAGAUGGAGAUCGCCUGAACCGGACCUGCGGUUCUGACCCGGACGCCUUAGACCCAAACGAAACAAACUUCUCUUCAGGAAACUUUUUCUCUGCGUUUAUUUUAUUUCCCGUCAACAAGCGCUCCUCUCCGGUCCGGACGUUCGGACCCAACCGGAACCAAAAGUCGACUCUCGGGACCAAAACUCCUCCACCAGCAGCGCCAGGGUUCUGUUCACGACCCGGACGGACCCAACACUGCCAAACCAAACAAGUCCUGAUCCAGUUAGACUGUCGGAUCAGAACCACAGACUGAACACUGGCAAUGUGCUCAGGUCGUUUCACACCAGCAAACCUGGUUCUGGUUCUGGUGCUACCCGGUCUAAACCUCCAGAACCAGAACCUCCUCCGCUCUCCCCUACCUGGACCUUCUGAUGGUGCUUCAGUCCGGGUUCUGCAGAACCGCAGACUUCUUCCUGUCGGGUCAACCGGACCUGGUACUGAUCCAGAACCGCUGACCGGACCUCCUGGUGGUUCUGUGCAUGUUUGUGUUUUAUCAUGAUUCUGUUUGGAGAAGCUGGGAACGGUUUGUUGGUGACGGAUCAGAACCGGCCCGGUUCUGUCACCUGGUGCUCAAUUUUAGUUUUUUUAAAUCCAGGUUCUGAUUCUUCACGGGACGAGGAACCGGACCCCUAAGUUCUGUUUGGUUCUGGUCCGGUUUGGAUCAGAACCGGAUCAGAACCAAACCCUCAGCUGGUGAAACAGCAGAACCUUUAUUGUUGUUUCUGUUUUUGUGCAAAUGAAAUAGUCAAAAGUU